AUGACCGCCCUUUCACUUUCACUUGUAAUUCCUGACCCGUACAGUUCUGCUGAGGACCAAUCAGACGAGGAAGAAAUUGCACUUAACGCCCAACACUGCCGGGCAUUUCUCUUGGCGAUGGAAUUUCUUCUGCAGGAGCAAUGGACACACAACUCCAACCUGAUGGUUUCUACUCUUCAAACAGAACAACGACAACAGAAGCGGAAACCGAUAAAUUCAGAUGUAACGCAAUUGUACUUUCCUUGCCAUUGUAUGUUAGAUAAAUAUGAAUACAAUGAAGAUGGACGUCGUCGUGUGUUUGUUGGUGGUGGAGCCUCAGGUCCAGUGCGGGAUUUCAUCUACCGCCUUAUAUGCCAUACUCGCUGCAGUGUGGAAUGCUAUCCACUCACACUCGCUCUUAUUGACAAAUUUUUCAUUGCCUUGAGAAAACAGGAAUUACAAACAAGUGAAUUCAUGAGAACUAUGGGUCAGAUGCCUUAUCUGUUUGCCGUAUUACUAAUGCUCGCUGUAAAGUUCCGUGAUGAUAACUUUAGAAGUAAUCGCUAUUUUAGUCAAAUGGCAGAACUUUCUCUAAGUGAGUGGAAUGCGUUGGAACGGUUUGUGUUGAAGGUGUUAGGAUAUGAUGUGCGUGUUCCUGUGAAUGAGUACAUUGCGUAUGAAAAACUCGUUCUCUCUGAAAUUGCUCAACAGGAGCCACAACUGCAGAUGAUACCGAACGUCCUCUGUCACCACCAUUCCCUUCCUUACAAAAAUAACAACAAAAAUAAUAAUAAUAAUAAUAAUAAUAAUAAUAAUAAUAAUAAUAAUAAU